UUGUCUCUCACAUUAUGUUCAAUAAAAUAUCUCCCUAGUUUUUAAAAUUACGGAGAAAACGGCGAACACGUAAAACGGUCAACUGCUAACACUAGUAUAACAACACCGAGACGUGGCUAACUCCAAGGUCAACCGCCAGUUUAUUUGUACUUGACGGUGAGUAAACAGAGUGCCACGUUUUAAGUGCGGUCUUUUUUAGAAAACUAUAAAUUAACAGAUAAAAUAAAGCUGAUUUGAUAACGAUACAGUGUAUAAGAGUCGUGGUAAGUAGUUUUAAUGAAAUAAUAUAACUUUGUGUAAGAAAUAUCCUAGUUAUAACAUAAUAAAUAUUGAUGAUAGAGUUGUCCAUUUUUACCCUAACUAUUUACUAUGUUAAUUGAGGAGUUACCCAAUAUACCAAUUCUGUGAUUUUACAUUAUUCCCGUAAUCUAUAAAUUAAAGUUGUUAAUUUUUUACGAUUUAAAAUGUGAAAAGAAGUCCAGUGCAUAGAUAAAAGUAAGACUUUUCUUCUUACUUUUUAAAAAUUCUACAUAUUUUAUGUUUAAUAAAAAAUUCCAAAAAAGUAUAUAAAAUAAACGGUUUGGAUGUUAAUAAGAUUAUUGUUGCAGAUAAAGAGGAUGUCGAGGGCACAAAAACUUGUUGAAGCUGCACUGAAGGAAAACAAUGAAAAUUACUUAAUUCUCACAGAAGAAUCUAUUGAAGAUAUGCCUGUUAUACUUUUUGCUGAUAGUACGUCAACAUAUGAUAAUUUAACAGGAAAUAUCAUGGAAAUUGAGCCACUUGCAAGUGGUACAUCUGAGGCUGCCACAGAGGUGUUCAUCAAUAUUGAGCCACUAGAUAUCAUUCCGCCUAUAUCUAAUGCUGAUACACAAGAGAUUAUGAAUGUUGCGCGUCUUGAUAAUGAUUCGCCUGUUUCCUUGAAAUCUGUUAGUGAAGAAUGCUUAGCUCCAGUUACAAUGUACCAUUGUACAGCACAAGAAGACAACAAUACUAACUUGAUUGACAAAUAUUUCAGUGAUGAUAGCGACUGCAUGAAUGCAAAACUUGUACCUUAUUCUGAGCACUCUGAUUCUGACAGUGAAGAAGAACCAAGAAGAAUUAAGAGAAGAAAAAGGUGUCAGGUAAAGAAAGCUACAUGGAAAGAUCAAAUGAACAAGCUUCACAGAGAAAAUGGGCAACAGUAUACUGGGCGUAAAAAAAUUGAAGGGAAAUGGGAAAGAAUACAAAAAAAUAAACGAGUUCUUAAACCUCGAUGCAAAUGUAGGACAACUGAUAAAAGUGCUUUAAAAUGUAGCGAAGUUUCAGAAGAAGAAAGGAAAAAUAUAUUUGAGAUGUUUUGGAGGAUGAAUUGGGGGGAAAAAAAGGUUUUCGUGAAUGGUCUUGUGCAAGAGAUACCCACAAAACGUCCAAGAGACAGAAAAGACCCAUUAUUAACAAGAAGACAAAGCACAAUGGUAUUUAACUUAAACUUGACUAACGAUUGCCGCGUGAGAGUUUGUAAAACUAUGUUUCAAAACACUUUGUGUCUUACCAAAAUGACUAUCUGGAACUGGAAAAAAGGCAAAGAAAAUAUUUCUCAGAAAACAAAUCGACACGCAACAAAAAAUCCCCACGAAGUAGAAGUGAAAUCACUUCAAGAGUUUUUGAACAAUAUUCCAAAAAUGGAAUCCCAUUAUUGCCGCAAAAGUUGGGCAAAGCUUUAUUUGUUACCAGAAUGGACCUCAAAAAAAGCCUUGUACAAUUUCUACACAUUAGACUGGUGCACGCCACGGAAUAUCACUCCUCUGUCAAUUGCUAAAUUUAGCAACACUUUAGAAAUUGAAAAUAUAUCACUGUUCAAGCCAAAAAAAGAUCAAUGCGAAAAGUGCCUCUCUCACAAACUCGGAAAUAUACCUGACACAGAACACAAGGAGCACAUAGAAAGAAAGAAUGAAGCUAGACUUGAAAAAGAACAGGAUAAAAAUAAAGAAGAAUUUGUAUUCACAAUGGACACGCAAGCUGUGCUAUUGGCACCCAAAUCUAAUGUGUCAUCUCUAUAUUAUAAAACUAAGAUAUGCACGCACAAUUUCUGUAUAUUUAAUAUAAAAAAUAAAGACGGAUUUUGUUAUCUCUGGAACGAGACCGAAGGUGGGUUAUCCUCUGACAAUUACGCUACCAUAAUUGUCAAGUUCAUCACGGAGAAACUUUUGCCGAGUAUCCACAGAGAACCUGGACAGGAUACUAAAAUUAUAUUGUACAGUGAUGGUUGUACAGCUCAAAAUAGAAACGUAAUAUUGGCAAAUGCAUUACUAAACGUGGCAACAUUAAACAAUGUCACAAUUCAGCAGAAGUAUCUAGAGGUAGGCCAUACUCAGAUGGAAGCGGACUCGAUGCAUGCCACCAUAGAGAGGAAACUGAAAAACAAAAUAAUUCAUAUACCAGCUGAAUAUGCAGAAGUUUGUGUUGGAGCUCGCAAAAAUCCUAAACCUUACAACGUAUCUUACCUAACCCAUGAAUUUUUUAAAUCCUUCGCAAGUUUACAGUUUUAUAAGUCAAUAAGACCAGGGAAAGCCAUAGGAGAUGCCAAGGUCACAGAUAUUCGUGCCCUACAAUAUAAACAAGGGAACCUGUACUUUAAGUUACGGUUUACAGAUGAAUGGCAGUUACUGCCACAGCGAUGUGAUAAAAGGGUCUCAGUUAAACCUAUUGAAAGCUUACCGAAUCUUCAUGAAAAUCAGCUUAAAAUAAGUAGUCGUAAAUUCAAAGACUUACAACAACUAAAAAGUACCUUGCCGGUGGACUACAGGGACUACUACGACAAUGUGCCACAUGAAGACUCAUAAAUAAAAUACUCUAUGGUAUAAUAAAAAUAAAAUACUUGAUUAUAAAAUAAAAAUACAAAAAUAUACUUACAGUUUGAUUUAAUUUUCCUAUAGAGGUUCCAUAAUACGAUGCAGAGAAAAGUGGGUAACUCCGAUUAUUUACUGUUUUCUUUUAAUUACAAAGAGGGUAACUCCAAAAAUUUAAAUAAUUGCUAU